AUGACCUGCGCUGCUGCAGCAGCCACUUCUGGCUGUCAAAGCCUCGACAACCUGCUCUGCUGCCGCAGCCCCUUCUGGCUGUCGAAGCCUCAACGACCUGCGCUGCUGCCACUGCCUAUUCUGGCUGUCAAAGCCUCAACGACUUGCGCUGCUGCCCCUGCCUCUUCUGGCUGUCAAAGCCUCGACGACCUGCGCUGCUGCCGCUGCCCCUUCUGGCUGUCAAAGCCUCGAUGA